AUGAUGUUCGAGCUUCAUCCACGUAACCACCCCGCCGCUCAUGAAAAUUCGAAAUGGUAGGGACGUGACUUGACGUGGCUAUUUUGUGGAUUUGUUGAUAUCGACCUGAGAUAAAGGCGAAGCCUCAUGUCACUUCUUCUACCAAGCUUUUCACACUCUAGUCUCUGCAAGUACAGCCAGGUCCCCAUCCUACUGACUUGCAGGUUCUCAUCACAUUCAUAUAUCUGUGCCUGCCUACCUGCUGACUGUGCAAUAAUACAAACGGAGCUGUCCAGCUUGUUUUAUUGCAUUCUACCAUACCAGGAACCCUUCUCCCUCCCCCUUCUCCCUCCCCCUUCACCCUCCUUCUCAAACACGCUCUCACCAUGUCACGUCACUCACGCACCUCAUUCAUCAUCUCCUCCCUGCUCACCUGUCUACCCCUCUGCAUCCAAGCACAUAUGCAAAUGAGCUGGCCCUAUCCACUCAGAAGCCCCCUUGACCCCAAUGUGCCUUACUAUGACAAAGACUACUCUAUGACCUCUCCCUUACUGGCCGACGGAUCGGAUUUCUCCUGCAAGCACUACCAAUACACGACCGGAACGAACGCCUACGACAACGCGGACGUGAUCAAGGCCACCUACUAUGCGGGAAACACCUACAACAUGACCAUCGCUGGAGCGGCACCUCACCAUGGAGGCUCCUGCCAAUUAUCUCUGUCUUAUGACAAUGGAGUUACCUUCAAAGUCAUCAAGUCGAUGAUCGGUGGCUGCCCCAUUACCCUGACGUACGACUUCACAAUCCCCAGUUAUGCGCCAGCCUCGGAUUCCGCCAUAUUCUCCUGGUCCUGGUUCAACCUUGCCGGCAACAGGGAGAUGUACCAAAACUGUGCUCGUGUCCAGAUUGUCAGCAACCCCAGCCAGAAAUACCGACGAAGUCUGUGGAAUCGACAAACUUCCAUAUCCGAACUCCCGGACAUGUUUGUGUGUAAUGUGGACAAUGGCUGUACGACCAUCGAAGGGAGUGAAGUGGUCUUUCCAGAUCCCGGAAACGAUGUCGUCUAUGGCCAGGACCUUGUUGCUGCAAACCCCGGCCCUGGAUACACCAUCACCGGAACCUCCUCUAGCACCAGCGCUGCUGAAACUGGAUCUUCGACUUCUUCGUCAGCUAUUGAAACUGGAUCUUCGACUUCUUCGUCAGCUAUUGAAACUGGAUCUUCGACUGCUUCAUCAGCUAUUGAAACUGGAUCUUCGACUUCCUCGUCAGCUAUUGAGUCUCCUGUGUCGGCUACUGCGUCUACGACCGCUGCAUCCUACGUUACGGUUACCGGAUCCCCCUCGACUUUCUCCACCGAAGUUACCGGGCUUACCACCACUGCUGCUGGAUCGACAACCCUGACAAGUGCCACCGCCAUGACGACAACGACAACGACAACAACUGGUUCUCUGCCUACUGGAACGGAUCUCCCCGCUACUAACGGUACCCUAAUCAUAGUUACAGGUGAUCCCAUCACACUUUCUACAUCGACCUCUACCAGCACGUCAGAUAUGGCGACCAGCACUUCAACCCCAACCUCAACCUCAACCACGACCGAUUCACGCUCCAGCUCUACCAUCAGCCCAACCUCAACACGCACGUCAAUCACCUCUGUCACCUCUUCCACGAUCCUACCACCCCUCAGCUCAUCCGUUAGUGUUAGCUCUAGCUCAACCUCCACUGCCCUAUCAUCCGCAUACAUCACCUCGCCAUCUUCAUCUUCAUCUUCAUCCUCAUCUUCAUCCUCAUCCUCACCCACAUCCACCACACCCCCCUCUUCCCCUUCAUCUUCAUCUUCAUCUCCAACAUCCUCCCACAGCAUCACCACCACCCUGCCCGUGACCACCCUCACCACCGCCCCCACCAGCACACCGACCACAAUCUCCCCUUCCAUCACCACCAGCACCAGCACCACCACCAGCACCAGCACCUCCUCUUCGGCCUCGGGCACCGCCACCGCCCAACCCACAAGCUGCACCCCCGGCACCUUCGAAUGCAACUCCCUGUCCACCUUCUCCCAAUGCGUCAGCACCUCCAGCGACACAACGACAUACAUCUACAUGGGCUCCGUCGCCGCGGGCACGCAAUGCGUCGACGGCACCAUCGAACGCCAAAACGCCGGCCCAUGCACACCCUCGGGCUCCAUUUUCUGCAACGGCACCAACGCCUUCUACAUGUGCGACCAGGGCGGCCUUGUCGACAUGGGUCCCGUCGCGCCGGGCACGGCCUGUCGAGAUGGCGUCAUUGGAUUCGCCUAGCCCGGACCGCCGCUGCAGUCUUUGACACCCCUCGUCCAGUGGGGUCCGUAGGGAGAAGGACGACACAUAGCGGCCGAGAAAGGCCAGAAAAAAAACGACACGAGGCGCGGCUUAGGCUUAGGCUUAGGCUUGCUUGGUUGACAAACCGCACGAUACGCGAUACGAGAUACACGCACACGUAUACGAACAGCAACGACAUAAAAAAAGAUUGAUCAAUGUACGACAUAGCAUACAGCACCAACGGAAACGGAAAUGGCAGAGGAAAGGGAAAAGGAAAUUCGGAUGGAACAUCUAUUAUACCCAAAAAAGUAUCGGCAUCGGCAUCGGCAUCAGCACUUGGCUUAGACCUUGAUGCGCCUUCGUUUUUAAUCCAUGGGCGUCGAGCAAUUACACUAAUGUUAUGUAUCACAACGCGGCGAGAAGAUAGAGAGCAAUACAAAUGGGAAGCAGCAAAGCUGCAAGUUCCAAAACAAAUUGCAAAAUGGAACAUUGAGCGUCGAGCAUCGAGCAUUGGUGUAGACGUAUCUAUCGAAAUGCUCCCGAGCACCAUUCAUUCCACCAGAUUGGAACGAACCGACCAAGUCAGUAGAGUAGAGUAGCAAAACACAACAAUGGAC